AUGGCCAAAUCGAGCUCCGACAUCUUCAUGAGCAUCAAGCCAGAGCACAUGAACAACAUCGCUUCGGGCGCCAAGAACCAUGAAUAUCGGGGCUACCUCCUCCCAUCGAGCGUGCGUCGCAUCUGGUUCUAUAGCACGAGUCCCGUCAAGCGCCUUGAAUAUAUCGCCCACAUCUCACCAGGGAAAAUUCCUGGGCAAGUCCCAGAGGAUGGCGGGAUCGGCAAUGCAGACUUCAACGCGGGCCGGAAGCAAUCCAAAUACGGCUACGAGAUUCUCCAGCUGUGGCGGUUACGGCAGCCGCUCAGCUUGGAGCAGGCCAUCACGAGAGGGAUUCUGAAAGGGGCGCCCCAGAAAUAUUGCUGGGUGUCGUGCAGUCUUCUCCAGAGUUGCCCGCUGGACCGACAGGAUCUCCUGAUUUCCAAAUUAUCCGAGGAGCAACCUCCUAGCACUCUCCCGGCCCGGGGGGGGGAUAUAGAUCUAUACCCGAAGAGAUGUGUCGCUAAUCAACAUGCCCUCGGCCUUAAUGCCUUUAUCACUCCAUUGCCACGCGCAGGCCAAUGGCUGGACCGCGUGAAGGAGGCUGAUCUGCGCAGGGAGCAAGGGAACCCAAGGUCUUUCGUUGAUGGCCGUCUCGUCUCUAUCAAGGACAAUAUCUGCACCCGCGACCUCCCCACCACGUGCGCGUCGGGGAUCCUGGACAAGUUCUCCAGUCCGUUCAAUGCCACCGUUGUCGAGCAACUCGAGGCCGCUGGGGCCGUCAUCGCGGGGAAAACGAAUCUAGACGAGUUUGGCAUGGGAUCACACUCAGUUCAUUCACGGUUUGGUCCAGUGAAGAAUGUGCGACAAGGCGGGGAUGGGCAGGCUGUCUCCGCCGGUGGUAGUUCCGGGGGAAGUGCAGUUGCUGUCGCUGCCGACCAAUGCUAUGCCGCACUGGGAACAGAUACGGGAGGCUCUGUCCGCUUGCCCGCUGCAUACACGGGGACAGUUGGGUUCAAGCCAUCGUACGGACUAAUAUCACGAUGGGGAGUGGUCGCAUAUGCCAAUUCUCUGGACACGGUUGGAGUCUUGGGGAGAAAUGUAUCUACUGUCCGGCAUGUCUUCGGCAUCGUGAACCAAUAUGAUGCGCGCGAUCCUACGAGCCUCUCAUCUUUCUCUCGGUCACGGAUCAUGUCGCACCUCCAGACACCCCGAUUGGCCUCCCGAUUGACAUCUGCUCCCCUUCGAAUCGGCGUGCCGGUGGAAUAUAACAUUUCCGAACUGGCCCCUUCCGUUCGCCGUGCCUGGCUUCUCUCUCUGGCACACCUGCAAGAUCAAGGUCACACCAUCUAUCCAGUCUCAUUACCAGCAACGAAACACGCCCUAUCGGCUUAUUAUGUCCUCGCACCUGCCGAAGCAUCCUCGAACUUGUCAAAAUAUGACGGUGUGCGCUACGGGACUCGCGCCAACGGCCCAGACAGCGAUGGCCAGCCAGAUGGCUACCUUUACGCCAACACGAGGGGCAGCGGGUUCGGAUCAGAGGUGAAGAGACGCAUCCUUCUAGGCACUUUCAGCUUAAGCGCAGAUGCAAUCGAUAACUACUUCAUCCAAGCACAACGGGUGCGUCGACUGGUCCAGCAGGACUUUAAUGCCGUGUUUACAGCCAAGCAUCCGUUGGCCGCGACCGAUACGCAGGACACAGAGCGCCGUCCUGAGCAGCCGGAUGUGGACGUGCUCGUGUGUCCGACGGCCCCCUCUGCGCCGCCAAGGUUAUCGGAUUUCACGAGACCGGCCGCCGAGUCGUCACCCCUGGACGCGUAUGUCAACGACGUGUUCACAGUCCCAGCCAGCUUGGCUGGUCUGCCCGCCAUUUCUGUGCCGGUCACGGUGGAUGGCUCCAGUCAGGAUCCGGAUGUGGCGGGUAUUCAGGUAGUAGGCCAAUACGGAGACGAUGACCUGGUGAUGAGCGUGGGCGAGCUGCUGGAGGGUCGGAGACUGAAAUAA